AUGGAGUCUGCCAGACCACGAAGCUCCGGAUUUGUGGCCCCGCGCCGUGUCUUUACGGCCCCGGCGCCCCCUUCGGCCCCGCAGCCCGCCGUACCUCCGCAAUCCUCCGGCGAGUUAGUCGACACGCUAUAUGAUCACCCAAACGUCAAGAUCAUUGCUUUUACCGCAGGCCGUGCUGGACCAGAUAUUGAGCCAGGGUCGUUGCCCUGGUCUUCGCAACUGGAGCGGACGCUCGCAGUCGGCCCCUUUAGAAUAUACCGCGCCCCUGGCUCGGUGGCCUUCCUCAGCUGCGGUUCCGCGCUUCAACCGAUACUCCCGAAGAGCCAGGUGUGGUGCGUCGACGAAGAAUCGAGCAAGUUUAUCCUGCAGAUACGGCGGCCCCAGUACUGGCGGAUAGAGGUCCCAAUCGGAGAUGACGAGGAGAUCUGGGGUGCCGCCACAACCGACUCCCUCCCUACGUCUGAACCUAGUGCCACAACAACAGCGACCCCCAUUCACGAGCCAGACUGCCCUACGACCAGUGCUCAACAGCAGCCCGCUGGCACCACCCAGCCAGCAGUAGCCACUCCAACCACCUCGGGUCCCGAAACCCCUUUCAAAACCGCUUCCUCCACCCCGGUACCAACCACCCCCUCCCCCUCAUCCCCCUCCUCACGCGGCCGCCGCCCCCCCAUCCGCCGCGCAACAACAACCUCCUCCUUCUCCUCCCCUUUCUCCUCCCCCUCCUCCCCGCACCGCGCCCUCUCCCCGCUCCCACCCGCCGCCAACCUGCUCACGACCCGACGGCAACCCCCGCCACGCGCCGCCGCCGCCGCCGCCAUGCCCGUCCCCGUGUCCGUGCCCGCGGCGUCCACGCCCGUGAUGCAGAACGCGCUGGCCGCCGUCCGCCGCCUGCCCAUGACCGUCCUGCACAAGACGUGCGCCAUCCUCUUCUCGCCGCCGUCCUACCUCAUCAGCCUGAUGCUGAAGGUCGCGGCGCGGAUUAUGGCGGGGGAAUGGAGAGGGUUGGUGUUUGGGCUGGGGGAGGGCGGCGAGCGGGUUAGUGUCGCGUGGGAUUGGAGUGAUGAUGAUGAGGAUCAUGGGCGUGGUGGUGGUGGUGGUGGUGGUGGUGGUGGUGAUAGUGGGCUGGGUGCGCGGGGUCGGGGGUGGAAUGGUAGCGGCGGGGAUGGAGAUGGGGAUGAUUUCUGGUUGAGGGGGCGGACGGGGCCGGGGAAGGCUAAGAUGGUAGGUGCGUUUCCGGAUAGUGAUGAUGAGGAUUCUCAUGAGGAUGAGGCGGUUGGGCCGCUGGAUAGGUUGGUCGUGGUGUCGCCCGGGAGGAAAAAUAGGGGCGUUGUUUCAGGCAAGGCUGGCGUGGUGGUGGAGCAAAAGGCUGUUGGGAGAUUGCGCGGGAAGCACGGGAAGGAGUCGGACUCGGAAUCGGGCGUGGAUUAG